AUGGAGCCCGAGCCCGCCACCCCGCGUGCCUUGGCACCCCCGACGACAUACGACCCACAACAAGGAUCGUUGUCUGACCGCACCCUCGACGAUGGCUUCUACACCGCGUCGGCGGCGGCGGCGAAUCCGCAGCCAGAAGCUGCAACGGAACCGAUGGCGAGCCUCCCACGUGAGCAGGCAUUACCACGGAUCCCGGAGACGUCCGGGCAACAACAAGGAUACCCACCAGGCGCGGCCUACGGUGGUCUCCCAGCGCAGUCCUACCGCCCACUAGCGCGACAGUCGUCGCGGGUGGGUAGUGGCUCGUCGAUGGUCAUGUCCAUCGUCGCGCCCAACUACCAUGGAGUGCCAACGACAACGACCCGACAACCGGGCCAAGUGCCAGCUUACCACGGCCGACAGUCGUUGAUGGGUAUAAUUCACGGUGGACAACGUGUCGCACCGUCACAACAUACGUCGUUCCAUCAUCACGUUUACGCGGCGCCUGUGCAAGCGCAGGGCCAAGGGUGGGUCGACGAUGUACGCGCGCGCGAGCAUGCCCUACAACAGCACGAGAUGCAAUUGGCGGCGCAUCGCGAGCGCAUCGAGGCAGACCGGCGUCAAGCCCACUUUGAGUGGGAGCAGCGCCAGAUGCACCAAGCAGCUGCGCAGUACAAGUACGCGGUCGAACAAGAUGCGACGGCGCACACCGCGCAGUUCAAGGCGAACUUGGAGCGCGAGGCGUCUGGGUACAAGGCGCACCUCGACAUGGAGCAGCAGCGUGCUUUCAACAAUGCCAACCUCAACUGGCAACAGAUGCAGCAGCAGCAGCAUCAGCAACAGCAGCAACUGUGGCAGCAGCAGCAGCAAGAAGCGCAAACUACAAUGGACCAGCGUCUUGCAGCCAUGCGGCAAGAGGAGCGUGCCCGGUACAACGCGCAGCUGCGCGCAGCCGGUGUCGACGUCUCGGCGGAGGGCGACGCCGGGGUCAACAUCCCGACCGAGGGAACGGCCGAGAACACUCAGUUACCUGGGUCGCCGUUAACCUCGGGAGUGGGUGAGGCCCCUCCAGGGAGUUUCGAAGACGGGUCGACGUUCUACACGAUGGGCAGCCGUCCGAUGUCGGCUCCAGUGCGACAUCCAACCCCGACGAGCCCGUUGCCACAGUCAACGGCUGCGCCACUCAUCAGCGGGUACACGCCCACGAAGCCACCUGUCUAUGGCAAGGACGGCUUCAAGGAGCGCGACCCACAGAAGUUCGCCAAACGUUUCAUCGUGUACGCCCGCGGCCAAGACGCUAUUAGCGUGAGCAGCGGUGUGCGCAUCGGGACUGUAUCAAUGAGCUCCUGCAUGACGGCGGAGGCUCUCGCCCACCACGCGCGGUUCCAAUUCGAUCGUCCCAUCGAGGACAUCCGCGAGACGGAGUGGGAGGCGAUGUUCGAGGCGGCGAUGCUCAUACCAAUGUCGAGCAAGGCUGUCGUUGUCGCCCGCCUCAAACAGCUGUCGAUGGACAACACCCUCCUUCGCACGAGCGACCGUAUGACGGACUGGCAGGCGAGGUACAUGGACAUCCUCACGGAUGAGGCAGCCGAGGACAUCGACUUCUUCCAUCCCAAGGCCGUCAACCAGGCGCUCAUGUAUGGCAUCAAGCCCGACGGCGCGAAGGCGCUGGUGCGCAACAGCUACGACUUCGAUGACAAGGAGAUUAAGUUUAACAUCUCCAAGUUCUGGAGCCAUACCGACGACAGUGCCAACAUCACGCUUGGUCGUAAGGUGAUGGAGACGUUGGGGUACGAUCUGGAGGGUUUCCUUCAAAUCGCACGUGAGCAGCGCGACGUCUGGGACUUGGCGGACACAGUUGCCACCGAUGACUCAGCGCCGACGGCGCUCCAACGGGUGUUCAAGACCUGGCACCGCGGCACCGUGGACGAACCGGACCCUGUGGUAGACGACGAAGACGACAACUCCGCUGCCUAUGCACCAGAUGCCGACCACGAUACCAUUGUCAAAGAGCUCUUGCUCGACGCCGUGCGUGCCGCGCAGGCGAAUGGCCUCUCCGAGGCCGGGACUCGCGAGGUCCACAGCCUCGUCAUGGCAGCUAUCGACGUCUUUCGCGUCGCGCCUCGCAACGAGCCACCGGUCGCCAUUGAGCCACUCAAGGUCGUCCUACAACAGGGUGCUGUGCCCGUCCGAUGCGCGGCGCGGCGCUACAACCCGAUCUACACGGUGUUCUUGGCGAACACCGUGGCAGCGUGGCUCGACCAAGGCUUGGCCGUCAUCAACCCGGAUUCUCACUGGGCCUCGGCGCCUCGCGUCGUGCCCAAAAAGAACGGCGAGCUACGCCUCACAGUGGAUAUGCGUGGCGUGAAUGCCGUCACGCUUCCGUUGGUGUGGCCGAUGCCCAUCCUUGACGUCGUCAUGUCCCGGCUGUCGGGAAAGACGGUGUUCUUCGUUGGUGAUUGGUUCAGGGGUUUCUGGCAGCUUGGGUUGCACCCGGACUGUCAGGAGUGGUUCUCGGUGCUCGGCGUCAACUGCGUCGUCACGCCGACGCGCGUGCAGAUGGGACAGACUGACGCCGUCGCCUACUGCCAACGCGUUGCGCAGGAAGUGUACGGCGAGAAGUACGGACACGGGCUCGAAGGCUGGGUCGAUGACGUCCUCGGCAGCGCCACCGACGAGCGCAGCCUCAUCAACCUCCUCCAGUUCCUCCUCGCCCGGUGCGCCCAGUACGGAUUGAAAUUGCACCCAGGGAAGUGUACCUUCUAUGCCACAGAGAUUGUGUGGUGCGGUCGCCGGGUCAGCGCCGCCGGAAUCAGCCAUGACCCCGAGCGUAUCGCGGGUCUCACGGGCCUCUCGACGCCGACGACGGCGGACCAACUACAACAAUUUAUCUGUGCAUUGAACUGGAUGCGCCAGUCCAUCCCGCAGUAUAACCCUUUGGUGGCGCCCCUGCAGGCACUUCUCGAGGUCGUGUGCACGGCCGCGGGCACGCGAAAGAAGACGCGUUUGGCUUCAGUGGCGCUCGCGGACCACGGCUGGGCGCCGGCGCACGCCGAGUGCUUCGUCGAGUGCAAGCAGGCGCUCAUGCAGCUCGUGACCCUCGCUCAUCCCAAUGAGGACUUCGACUUCUACAGUCUCAACGUGGCCAAGGAUGUGGUCGAGCCAGGCUACUAG